AUGGCAAAAGACAAAGAAGUAAAAGUAAGUCAAUGUUUAAAAGAGGAUAGAAGCAGCAGGACUUGGACAUGGGAAUGGAACCGAGAAAAGAGAAACGAACAGGAGCAGCAACAACACUUGGAACUGGAAAGAAUUUUGGCUGAUUGCAAGACAGAAAAUAAGGAAGACACAUGGAGAUGGAGGACGAGACGGAGUGAAGAGAUCUCAGUGGCAUUAUUAAGAGACGAAAUUAGUAAAAACUCCUUAGACGAAAGAGAUACUCCAUGGAAACAUUGGAACAAGUGGGUACCCCCAAAAGUUAAGCUUUUUAUUUGGAGAGCGAUAAAACGUGGUAUAGUGGUUAAAGUGGAACUUGCACGUAGGGGAAUACAAUUGGAAGAUCGGUUAUGUGCACGGUGUAAAAGUGAAGAGGAGUCGGUCGACCAUUUGUUAAUAAAUUGUUUAAAGACCCGGGCAGUGUGGUGGAGUAUCAUGAUAUGGCUAAAAUUACCAAUACUAGAAAAUAUAACUUCAAGUGAAGAAAUAUUUGAUAAGAUAGAAGCAUACAGUGGGUCGAAGGAAUGGAAGAAGUUAAUAAAGGCUAUCGCAAUGACAACUUUGUGGCAAAUUUGGAAAUCUAGAAAUGACGUUGAGUUCAAUAGAAAGGAAGGAAUGGUAACAAACUUGGUAGAUGAAGUAAAAGAACUGUCGUUCCUUUGGAUCAAAGAACGAUCAAAAUUGAAGACUUUGGUUUGGGAAAGGUGGAAGGAUUUCAAUAUUAGAGAUGUCACAAAGUGA